AUGAAUUCAACUUAUGAAAAUGACCGUAAACUCCAACGCUCACUACACUCAUCUGUGCUGUGCGCUUUAUUUUUACAAAUUUAUUUACGUGACUUAUUCAUUGAAGACGACUCUGUUAGACGCUCAGAAAGAUUUGCAGCCAAGAGAAAUAAUAUCAACUUUAAGUUACCAAACGUCACAACGACACAGUAUGAAAAUUCAUUUGCUAUUACUGUAAUUCGCCUGUGGGAGCAAUUGCCUGCUGAUAUUGUAUAG